CAAUAAUUUGGUUUGUUAUAUUUAUAUAAAGAAUUAUGUCUAAAAAUUUCCAAUAGUAUUUUACGUCUACCACCCACUGUGCGCAGCCCCAACACCGUCAUCGCUGCUUGCUACUGGUUGCUGCCGCUGUGCGCCUUUUUGGCGUAUAACGUUCGGACGGCUGCGCUGCGCUGCUGCCCCUGCUUCGUGUUGGCGAAAUGAAUUUUCUCUUUUUCACAUUUGGGGCCAAUUUUUUAGUACGAAUUGUACUUUGAAGCGAAUCGGAGGUGCUGAGCGGGUCUAAACUACCAAAACCAACUACAUACCGAGAUCAAUCAAAAAAAAAAUCACUACAUUUUUGUGUGCUGUAAAGUUGUAAAAUUGUGAAAUUGUAAUUGCAAAAAGCAUUGAAAAUCAAUUCGAAGAGCGGCAAGCAAUUAAAUUUGUGCGAAGAAAAAGAAAUUUGCAUUGUGGCAAAAGUGGCAGUCAGCCAGCGAAGGCAGCUAGCAAGCUAUAAAAAAGCAAGUGCAACAACAAGUGCAGCAAAGGCAUUUGAGUAGAAGUAAAAAAUUCCAAAGUCAUAAUAAAAAAUAAAAAAAAAUUGCAACAAAUUCCUUGUAAAGAGCUGUAAGCUGAAAAAAAGCUGGAAAGGAAGCAUUAAAAAAACACCACCAAACACUUGAACCACCACUAACAGCAGUAAGAAACAAUUACAACAAAUAACAAUAAUAACAACAGCAACUAGCAACAGUGUAGAGACACAUACUUAUAUAAACUUAAGUAGAUACACAUAGUUAUACACAUACACACACAAAUACAUAUACAUAUGUAUAUACAGAGCGACUAACAAAAACUUUAAAACUUUAAAACUCUAAAAAAAAUUAAAUAUAAUAAAAAACACACACAGCCAUACACUUGCAUAUACAUACAAACACAAAACAUUUGUAAAAAGCAAACCCAGAAAACUAGCUGUGAAACAACAACAAAAACACACACAGACACGCCAAAAGGUGCAGUACGGAAGCAGAAAGUUUACUAAUUCUGUGCAAAAUUGCAAAAGUUUCGAAAAUUUCCACAAAAUUUGUGUUAAUACCAAAGCAAAAUCGCAAAUCGCUUUUCAAAUUCGCUAAAUCCAAGUGAAAAUUAUACAAAAAUAAAAGUUUUCUAACGAAAAAUGUGUGUUUGUAUGCCAUAAAGCCCGAAAUUCUUAUCAAAAAGUCGGAAAAAAAACGUUGAAGGAAAACCGCCGCUAUAGCGCUCGGCAUCAGCUACAACAACAACAAAAUUGAAAUUAAAAUUUCCGCCUCCUCAGCCUCCACCAACACAUUUAUACGUCGGUGUGUGUGUGUGUGUUAGCGCGCUUUCUUCGUGCAUGUGUGUGUGUUUUUGUAAGCCGAAGUUUGCAAAUAAACGCGUAUGUGUUUGUAGCGCAGAAAGCGAGAACUGUUAUUCCAAAAAAGGAUUGGAAAAUCGCAUCAAAACUGCAGCAAAACCUGCAGUCAUCGUUGAAGCCUGCAAACUUGAAGUUGCGUUUUCGGUCGCGCUCAAAGCCUAUGCGCGUGUAGUGUGGUUGUUGUUAACAACUGUGUUUUGGUGUAUUUACGUUAAACACGCUAAUCAAUCAGCUAAGCAGUCGGUGUGCAAAGUAAAUAUACACAUAAAUUAAAAACUGACGCCCGUCCGUCGGCAAAGUGAAAGUGCAAGAACGUAAGAGUGCAGCAGCGGCCAGCCAAUAGCCAGCAGCGUGGAGCUAAGUGCAGCAGCGGCGACAAUUGAGGAAGACGUGCUUUGAACGCUGAUUCGAAUAAGCAAACAAGCAAGCAGACAAAGGUGGCACUAGCAGCAGCAGCAACACCAACAGCAAACCAAUUCCAGAUACCAACCGACCUGUUAUACCAACGACAAAAGAGUUCGUGACAAGCAGAAAGCAAGUGCUGAAAUUGCAUGUAAAAACGUAGACAACGAAGAAGACGCACUAAAAAGCAGUUGGAAAUAGCGAGUAAUAAAGAAAAGUGGAAAAUUCUUAGUUGUGAAUAUUUAUUGAAAUUAUAGAAAAGCAAGCGCUGCCAAAAUAGCUGCACGCAGCGCAAGAAAUCCGUUAAAAACGCGAUAAAAGUAGUCGCGUCUUUGGCCAACAAAAACCGGAAGCAAAGCGCUAAAGCUCGACAGCCAAGCAUUUAGGCCGUCAGCCAGAGCCAGAGGUAAAGCUAAAGCCAAUUAAUCCCUUUGCUAAGCGCCGCACCGCGCAGCGUCUACGUCAAAUCAACUUCAGGCUUUUUUCGGUCGCGUUGUACCGCGUUCAGCAGUAGCGCUGGAAUACUUUAUUUCACCCCCCGGUCCAAUAAACGUCGCCAAAAUAAUUCACCAACAAACUAUCACCGACAUCAACUUCGCAACGGCGACCACAAUGCCAUAUAACGGCGCCAGCAAUGGCAGCGGUGGUGGCGGCGGCGGAGGUGGUGGCGGUAUAAGUGAUGGACCGCAAAACAAGAAGAUACGUACGGGCGUACAACAGCCGGGCGAAGCGGAUGCACAUCUGCAUGCAAGGGCGGUCGUACAACAGAGUCAGCAACAGGCUUUGCUCAACAAAUCCAAUGAUGAUCUGCGACGGAAACGCCCGGAAACUACGCGGCCAAAUCACAUUCUACUCUUCACCAUCAUAAAUCCAUUCUAUCCCAUCACAGUGGACGUUUUGCACAAAAUCUGCCAUCCCCAUGGCCAGGUGCUGCGCAUUGUCAUUUUCAAGAAGAAUGGCGUGCAGGCUAUGGUGGAAUUUGAUAGUCUUGAGGCGGCAACAAGAGCACGUGAGAAUUUAAAUGGUGCCGAUAUAUAUUCGGGCUGCUGCACUUUGAAAAUUGAUUAUGCUAAGCCAGAGAAAUUGAAUGUUUACAAAAAUGAACCAGACACCAGCUGGGACUAUACACUUACCGCCGGGUUAGCGACGGUGACGGCGGCGUUGACGAUGACAACAACAAAGAGCACAGCCGGCAAUAACAGCAGUGAACGACUCCCACAAGAGCAGCAACUGCCAGCCACAGACAACUCUCAAGCUACUACUAAUUCUACUACCAUUACUACUACUACUACUACUAUAUUUACUACUAUUUUGAAAAUUAUAACUUGUGCUAGCUUGCCAUUUUUAUUGCCAUGAGUAGAGGUAGUGAAAGCGUGCUGAAAGAAUUGCUAGAAGCGUGUUGCAAAAAUGGAGCAAAAAGUUCACUGCCAAAUAGGCAUGAAAACACUAAAAGUGGCGCAAAUUAGAAUCGAGAACCAAAAACAAGCGGUUUAUUCCAAACAACUGUUGGCCGAGCAAGAACGCUAUGCGCAUCAGAACCAAAAUAUGCCAUAGUAACAACAAAUAGCAAUGCACUGCAAUUAUAUGGCAACCGUGCCAUGAAGAAUACAACAACAAAUCAACGUUUUCUCAGUAAACAAAAACGUGUGCUUGAAAGUACUUGAAAUGUUUUUUGAAUUUUUUGCAAAUUUCCAAAAAUCAAAAUGUUGCAAAAACUUGCAUACCGAAGCAAAAUUGUUUAAUUUUACUACUUUUUUGUUGUUGUAGCUGCUAGGAAUUGCGUAUAAUAUAAAAGCGUUAACAGCAACACUGGCGAUUGUUUAGUAGUAGUGGCAGUAGUAGUAGUAGUAUAUGUAUGAGUAGUAGUAGAGCGCGUGUGGCGAGCGAGCGAGUAGUGGUGGCACAAGCGGCAAGUGCGCGGUGGUGUGUAUGUGUGUGGCCAGUAGCAGCCGACGGCUUUGCCAACUAUUUCGAGGAUUGUGUGCGGUACUGCGGCAUGGAUCGUCCGUCUUGUGCAAUUGUUGCAGUUAAGGAGAUUGGAAAUGGUCGAUCACCGCUGCUACAAGAGCCGCUCUAUGGAACACGCCCACAACCCUACAGUAAGUUUCAGCAAAAUAGUUUCAUAACUACCACCACAAACAGUACUAUUGGCCUCAUAUCCACACCAACCAAUUUUUGUCAAUUUAAAGAGCCACCACUGUUGGGACCAGGCGCCGCCUUCCCACCAUUUGGCGCAGCGGAAUUCCAUCCCACCACACCGGAAAAUUGGAAGGGCGCCACCAUACAUCCGACCGGACUGAUGAAGGAGCCAGCUGUAGUGCCGGGACGCAAUGCACCGGUCACAUUCGCUACACAGGCACAAGGACAGGGUGCUGUCAUGAUGGUUUAUGGCUUGGAUCACGACACAUCGAACACAGAUAAAUUAUUCAAUUUGGUCUGCUUAUACGGCAAUGUUGCAAGGAUUAAAUUCCUGAAAACCAAAGAGGGCACCGCCAUGGUACAAAUGGGCGAUUCGGUCGCCGUCGAACGCUGUGUCCAACAUUUGAACAACAUUCCCGUCGGCAAUGGUGGCAAAAUCCAGAUUGCCUUCUCCAAACAGAAUUUCCUGUCCGAAGUUAUAAAUCCAUUUUUAUUACCCGAUCAUACACCCAGUUUUAAGGAGUAUACCGGCUCAAAGAAUAAUCGCUUCCUGUCGCCAGCACAGGCAAGCAAAAAUCGCAUACAACCACCGAGCAAGAUUCUGCACUUUUUUAACACACCGCCCGGCUUGACCGAAGACCAGCUCAUAGGCAUUUUCAAUAUCAAAGAAGUGCCCGCCACAUCAGUGCGAUUAUUCCCACUUAAAACGGAGCGUUCCUCAUCGGGCCUAAUUGAGUUCCCCAAUAUUUCACAGGCCGUCUUGGCCAUCAUGAAGUGCAAUCAUCUGCCAAUUGAGGGUAAAGGUACCAAAUUUCCCUUCAUCAUGAAACUCUGCUUCUCAUCGUCGAAGAGCAUGAACGGCGCAUGGAAUAAUGCCACCAAUGAAGGCAUGAUCGAAAAAGAGAAUGAAGUGGAAGUGAAGCAGGAUGUAUAUAAUUGAGAUUUAAUACAAAUUCUCUAAGCUAAAAAAAAAAACAACAGCAACAACAAGAACUACAUGAAAAUAACACAACACAACCACAGGCAUAUAUAAAUAUAGAAAAUAGAGGACAACAGUAAAUAAAUGGCGAACAAACACUUGAGUAAACCAAAUACAAAAAUAAACAAAACAACAAUUUGAAAGAAAAACAUAACUAAAAUUAAAAAAAAAUGCAACGCUGCAUGAAGUUGAGAGAGAGAGAGAGAGAGAGAGAGAAUAGAGAGCAGUGUGAAGACUGCAACGGCGGCAGCGUCAGCGCGCAGCAUAACGGAAUUUUCUUUUUAAUUUUUGGUAUAACAAGCAGACAGCAACAAUAAUUACAACAACAACAAUUACAACAAAAGAAUCAAAGGCACUUAUUUUUCUAGUAGCAUAAUUCGUUGGUAUUCUAAUGAGACAAUUUAUUAUAAAAUAUUAUUAUUAAUGAUUAAUUAUUACUAUUUACUAUUAUUACAAUUUAAUUAUUAAUUAGCUACAUUUAAAUUGCAUAUUACAUACCUACAUAUUAUAUAAUAUUUACUUAAUUUACGCGCAACAAUGAUUUCGGUUUUGUUAGCACACAUUUAAUUUGCAUACAAAAAAAAAACUUUUUGACGAAUUUCGACUGGAACAAAUGUUCAUAAUAACUACUUAAAACUAUGUAGACAUACAUACAAACACGCAUAUCGGCAUGCUAAAGUAUAUGUAACAUAUACAUAAAUAAAUUGUACACAAAAGAAGCGAAGUUAGCGGACCUGUAUGUGAGGCGCAAGCGAAAAAACGUGCAUGUGUGCGCCUAAAAGUAUGCUUAAUAAUUUUUUUAUGCUCAAGGAGCAGCGCGCAUAUUAUGUACGCAUGUAUAUUUCCGGCGCCAAUUGACUUGUUAUAUAUAUAAACGACUAUUGUAUUAAAAAUUUAGUUCUUAAUAUUAAACAUUAUUAUUUCGCGCAUA